UUCUAUUCUAAAACAUAUGGAAGCUUCAAACUCAAAUUUAAUUCUAAAUGCACAACGACAUUCAGAUCAAUUACCGACGAGUUCACGAAAUCAAAUUGGACGACAACAGCAACAUGUACCAUUAGCAACGAAAAAAAAUAAACGAAGAAAAAAAUGUCAUGGUAAUCGUAAAUUACAACGAUUUAAAAAGAAAUGUCGUAAACGUGGUCUCACCGAAGAAGAAAUACAAAAAUUAAUUAAUGAAUAUAAUCAUAGUAAUCAAGAUAGAAACCAAACUAAUAAUCGGAAAACGAAUUUACAACAAAAUACAACAAUUGAAAAAAUGGAAGUGUCCAAUGGCUUAAAUGACAAUAUCAAUGAAAAUGAUACAACAACAUCAAAGUCAAAUAAACGUAAACAACAAAUGACACCCUCAUCAAGUCAACGAUCAACUUCACGUCCAUCAGUUAAACGAAUGAAAAGAAGCAAGUCAUCACAAAUUACUAUGACUUCAUUAAAAUCAAAUUUUAAAUUACCAAUCUACUUGAAAGCACAUCCAAAUUUACUAUUUCGAACUUUACGUCUACUAUUGAAGCAUACUUUAAAAAAAAAAUCUGAACGACAAUUUCUUCAUUCUCGACUUCAAUUAUUAGAUCAACAAUGUCGUCUUGAACUUCGUCAAAAUUUAUGGCAAUCAUAUCUUAACUUAGGAACUGAAAAGGAAGUGUGGCCAAAUGUAAUAGUGAAAAUGGCAAAAACUGAUGAACAUUUAGUAUGUCAACAAUUUGUACAGAAACAUCUCAAUGAAAUGAAAAUUAAAUAUGAUCAGUUUACAAAUGAAUUAAAAACACAAUUGCAAUCGUGUCCAGUAACAUUAUUACCGUUACAGUCUAUCCUCGACCAACAUCUUAAAGAAUUUGUUCAAUUACAACAAAAAUAUUUGGCAACAAAAAUGCAAUAUCAACUCAGCCGAUAUCAAGAUAUGAUUACAGAAAUCGAAUCAUUUCAAAUUUUAUCGAGUUUUCCUCUAACAAGUGAUCAACAAAAUACGAUCGAUCGACUUAUACAUUUACAAGAAAAACAAGUACAAUUCUUCGAAAAUCUUCUAAAAUUAGAAGCUCGAGUAUCAAUUGAUUUUUUACCUCGAAGUUUUGACGAAUUACAGGAUUUUAUUGUAGUCAAUGAUUAUUUUCCUUUAAUUAAAGACAAUAUAGCUGUUGAAUUUAAACAAAACAGCUAUAAAAUUAUACAAGAAACAAAACGUACAUGGUUAAAUACAUACGUCGAUGCCUAUGAAAAUGAAAUAGAAAAAUUUGAACAUCAAUAUGAAGUUGAAUUACGACAAUUCGGAAUAGCUAAUCCAAGUCAUGCUUGUAUAAAUAAUGGAACAACAACUAUAGUUAAUGCUUUUCUGAAUUAUAUCAAUCGUCGAAUAAAUAGAAUGAAAGAAGAGAUAGCGUAUCAAAAAAUAUCUGUUUAUCGGAAAAAAUUAUUACGUGUACAGCGACGUUUAAAAUCUACAAAUAAAACAAUCAGUGUCAAGCCAAAUGUUAUCGUCGAUCUCAUCGGUCAUCCAUUUACUGCUGCUCAGCUUGCUUAUAUUUCAAGAGGACCAACUCAUAUACGACCGAAUCCAAGUGUAUUUUUUCCAGAAAAAACUCUACAAAAACGAAUUGAUAGGGAACAUGAUGAUACAAUGAAAAAACUUAAGAAACAUAUGUCCAAUGUGACUGAUCUACCAAAAAUACCACUCACAUCACCAUUAUAUAAAUCAUAUUCUAGCCAACUUCGAUCUUAUUUAUCUCAAAGUUAUAUGACACUAAUACCAUUAAUCGACCAAAUACGUGCUCUACGUGAAUUAAAAAUGAUUCAAUCAAUUCGAAAAAAAUUAAAAAAAUUAAAACUUAUAUUACGUGAAACAGAUAAAAGUGGUGUACUUCAUAUUGGUUCUGCUAUUGAUUAUGAACGAAAAGCAGCUGAAUAUCGACGAACAACAGGUGCUUAUGAAGAAUUAACUUCUAAUCCAUUUAGUGAUAUCAUCUGUCAGGUAACUCGUUUACUUAAUCAAUUAAAAUCAUCGAAUCGAAUACGUGAAUGGCAACGAAUCAAAAUGAUGCCUAUUCGAGAGAAGACUGAAUUAGCUUAUAUGUAUUUUAUUCCUAAACCACAUAAGAAAGAUACACCACUACGACCGAUUUUAAAUACAAUUCAUGCAGCAACAAAACAAAUUUCUCAAUUCUUAGAUAAAUUAAUUCGACCCUUAUUCGAUCGAUUUGUACGUCAAACAACAUUUGUAGAUGGUGCUGAUCUUCUUGAUCAACUUCAAAAAUAUAUUCAAAAAGGUUAUUUUAAUUCAUCAACUCUUUUCAUUACUUUCGAUAUUACAAAUCUUUAUACAAUGUUACCACAAGAAGAAUCUUUAGUUAUACUUGCUGAAUUUCUUCGUACACAUAAUUGUGAAAGAAUUAAUGGUCUUGCAAUUGAUACUAUUGUCGAGUUAGCUCGUGUAGUACUUCAAGCAAAUGCUUUUGUUUAUAAUAAAAAGUUUUAUCGACAAAUUAUUGGUGGUGCUAUGGGAUCAGCAUUUACAUUAACAUUAGCAAAUAUCUUUAUGUGGAAAUGGGAAAGGCAAACUAUUCUACCAAAAUUACUUUCACAUGAAUUAUAUGGCCGAUAUAUUGAUGAUGUCUUCUUUACAUGUAACCAAUCGGAAGACAAGGUGAAAGAAUUAUUAGAAGCAGCAAAUAAAUUUCAUCAAAAUAUUAAAUUAGAAUAUAAGAUUAGUAAAAGUGUUCCAUUUCUUGAUGUUUAUGUUGAAAACAAAAAUGGUAUUUUGGCAUCAUCACUCUAUCAUAAACCUUCAGCUGAACCAACUGUGGUAUCAUUUUUAUCAGAUCAUCCACGACAUGUAUUUCGAAAUGUCAUUCAAACUGCUCUUACUAGAGCUAUACGAUAUUCAUCAACAUUUGAAAUAUUUAAUAAUGAACGGCGUGCCAUACGUUUAAUGUUCUUAUAUAAUGGGUAG